AUGCCUAAAACAAAGUACACCAGGGAUGCUCCUAUUAAGGCUAAGAAAAAACUGGAGCAAAUGGAUCUUGUUAAAAGGAACGAGUGGAUGAUGUUGGGAACCAUGCUUGUCACUGUCACUUUGUGGAUCUUUGGAGAAAGGGUAGACAUUUCAACUUUGGCUGCAACUAUGAUGGGCUUAUCGGUUGUACUGAUACUUAGAAUGUUGAGCUGGGACAACAGCUUAAGUGAAAAACCAGCUUGGAAUCCAUUGACUUGGUUCGCAAUGUUCUUAGGCAUGGCGGAUCAACUAAACGUCCUAGGGGUCAAACCAUGGUUUUCUAGACGUGUAGGCAGCUUUAUGAAGUCUUUAGCAAUCAGAUGGUAUAUCCAACUUUUAAUCCUCCAGACGAUGUAUUUCUUCACUCACUAUCUGAUUGUGGGUCAGACAACCCAUAUUGCUGCUUUAUACCAAGCCUUCCUGAAAAUGCACCUAACGGCUAAAGUCCCCGGAACACUUUCUACCUUGCUUUUGGCGUACAAUACGGACCUUUUUGGUGCACUUAACCAUUACAGCAGUGGUCAUGCGGCGAUAUAUUAUGGAGAUGGUUAUGUUAAACUUCGAGAUUUCUUUAAGCUUGGAAUAUUGAUGGCUUUUAUCAACAUGACAAUUUGGGGGCUGGUUGGAGCCUUAUGGCUGAAACAGUACACCAAGGAUGCUCUUAUUAUGGCUAAGAACAAACUGGAGCAAAUGGAUCUCAUUAAAAGGAACGAGGGGAUGAUGCUUGGAACCAUGCUUGUCAAUGUCACUUUGUGGAUCUUCGAAGAAAGGCUAGACAUUUCAACUUUGGCUGCAGCUAUGAUGGGCAUAUCGGUUGUACUGAUACUUAGAGUGUUGAGCUGA